AGGGAGCGAACAGACGUGAGCCUUCUGAUUGGCUGCGCGCUGGGAUGCUGUCUCGUGGCAAAAGACUGGCUUUUAAAAGUUGAUAUCACAUUUUAGUUUUCGCUUCUUGUGCACGAAAGAACUUGUCGAAAGCUGCAGUUGAGGACUGAAGGUAGCAUCAGCAUGGCAAGUCUCCGGUUGAUGACGUUCGCGGUGAUGGUAGUGGUGACGGGGGCGGCGAAGAACACGCUGCUGUGGAAGUCCAAGAUGGUCAACGAGACCAUCACGGCGGAGGUGACACUGGAGUUCCUCAUCAAGAACUACGACGACAGCGGGGACCUGCACGGGUCUCUCAAGAUCGGUCUGUUCGGCGAGAAGGUCCCUAUGACCGUCUUGAACUUCAUCUCCAUUUGCAACGGAGUCAAGAGACCUUCGGGAGAACUCAAAUAUGCAAACUCCUACUGCCACAGACUCAUCCCAGACAUGCACUUACAGUGUGGUGACAUCACAAUUGGAGAUGGCAAUGGAGGAAUCAGCAUAUACGGAGACACGUUCAACGAUGAAAACUUUGAAAUUGGACACAGCGAGAAGGGAACCAUCUCCAUGUCGAACAGGGGCCCCAAUUCCAACGGCUCGCAGUUCUUCAUCAUCAUGCGCUCCAUGCAGAAUCUGGACGGCAAACAUGUGGCUUUUGGACAGGUCAUCGACAAGGAAUCCCUCGCGUUUCUGGACAAGCUGAACGACACGCCCACUGACCCCAACCACUACACACCCAAGAGGAGGAUCAAGCUGGUGGACUGCACGGCCUCUAACCUCAAGAAACCUCUGGUCAUCACCCGAAGGGCCAGCGUCCAGGACGAUAAGUUUGAUUGAGGCGUGCCCCGAGUGUUCACUUUCUUUCAUUUUUUUUUAAAAGCGUGAUUGCGUUUCAUUGAUGUGUCUGUUUUGUACUUACUAGGGUCAUACGUCCAUAAGUCAUUGAGAGGAAGGGGUCAGGGAGAUAACAAGCUGACCUGAGAUAGACAUAAUGGAGACAAAUAGCUGAAACCAGUUAAAAUUGGUAGAAACAAAUAGUCGGCUUGUUUGUAUUAGCAGAAAUGCAUUGACAAGUGUAAGUGUAGAGCAUUGGACCUUAUUUAUGUACAGAUUCCAUAGUUUCGAUUUGUAAUCACGCCUUCCGUUAUUUUAUGGUGUUUUUCCUUGUCCAUCAUUUUUUUCCAUUUUUUCAUCUUUCUUGUUGACUGACACAACUGACUACCUGUCCGCGUGUGUUUGCAGAACAUCUCAUGCUGGUCUUUCCAAUCACAAAAUGCAGUUAGUGAUUGUUGAUGAAUGCAAUGUCAGGAAAGCAGCGUACUUAAUUAUGAAGUCAGACUUAAUGAGAUACUAGGUUGAUGUGUGCUUGUCAUUUUCUUUGUG